AUGUCCCAAACUACAACCGGCCUUGAUGGUGGUAGCUCUGUAGAUGAUGGUUUGACAUCAACACAACAUGACGGUCGCAUGCAUCUUCUGCUCGGGGCUACCGGUUCGGUUGCGACUAUCAAAAUUGGCAACAUCAUCAGCGCCCUUGCCCCUCACGUUCAUAAGUCGAAGCUCUCGAUAAGAGUGAUUCUCACCACCAAUGCUCAGCACUUUCUACGCGGCCAGUCAACUGAGCAGCCCACUGUCGCGUCUCUCCGCUCGCUGCCAGGCGUGGAGGCCGUCUACGACGACAGCGACGAAUGGGGCCCCGAGCCCUGGCGCCGUGGCUCUGAUAUCCUGCACAUCUCCCUACGGCGGUGGGCCGAUAUUUUUGUCAUUGCGCCUCUCUCUGCAAAUACCCUAGCUAAGCUUGCCAAUGGGUUUAGUGAUAACUUGCUAACCUCAGUUUGUCGGGCAUGGGAUACCGAUGGGCAGGUCGACGGCAAGCGGAAGCGCAUUCUAAUCGCUUGUGCAAUGAACACAGCUAUGUGGCGCCAUCCUGUGACAGCAAAACAUCUAUCAGUGCUGGAGAAGGACUGGGGUGCUAUGAAGAAUGAGUCGACCGGAGAGGAGACGGGAUGGUACGAAGUGCUGCAGCCACAGGCAACAAAGAUUUUGGCAUGCGGGGACGUGGGGAUAGGCGCUAUGAUGGAGUGGACUGAGAUUGUGAAGAUCAUUGAGAACCGUCUGGGACUAAGUGAUAAUUGA